GACGGGGACAACCUCACUCUCAACAGCUCCAUCCCAGACCUUGACAGAGGCUUGUAACACUAGUCAAACUCACAAUAUAUACCACACUAGAGCUUUGAGUCUGUCAACUACAUAGCAAAUGUUUUGUUCUCAUACAGAAAAAGCAUUAACUUUCAGCAUUACUCUUGAGAAAUACAAAUCUAUCACUAUGGCCAAGCAAGUGUACACCUGACCUUCCCUGUACUUACUGAACAAAACCUUCAGAAAAUAAAUCAAUAGGGGGAGAAAAAAAUAUCUGUUGAACUGAGUUGUUCAACCUAUGAUUUAAAAUCUUCUUAUGGCAAGGCUGGACCACGAGGUGCUCCAAACAGGCGUGGGCAGAACAAAAGCCCUGCAGCGCCAGCAGGGAUGUGAGAACUGAGGUAUGUGUUUAUAGCAGACCAUAAAAUUUAUAUGUUAGAUUUGUAUGUGUGAUAUGAUGAAAGACGGGCCCUGUGCCUGUGAGCUGGUCCUGUAGGCCGUGUGGAGACGGGCUGUAAUCUGGAGCACGUAAUUAGAGGAUUCCGUGGGAGGCAGAGAAACCUAGGGACUCGCCCUGUGGAGAACUAAAAUACCCACUAACCUUCAAAAUGUACAAAGAAUAAGUGUUAUUUUCCAUUUUAGAGAAUACUGAUUCAACUACGAGUGAAGGUAAGGUGUUUUAUUUUCAUCUUUGAUAAUAAAGUCCCUCACAUAUUGCACUGCACUAACAUCUACAACACCAGAGCAGAAUUUUGUAUUUGACCUCAUUGCGCAACUUUCAAGAUUGCCACAUGAACCAGUGAAUCAGGGAUUGUGAAUAAUUAGAAGAAUAUAUUAGUAGUGGACAAAGAUGUCCCAGUCCCCCUCAUCAAUAUCUCCCAUCAUAUGUAAUGUUUAGGAGCAGGCAAGGAAAAUAUAUUCAGUAUGGCAGCCCCUAACUGUCCCCCCUCUCUAGACUGACCAAAGCAUCCACCAAAGUAUGUGAGCAUCCACCAAUGUCCCUCUGCAAGGAGAGGAGGAUUUGGGGGAGGUAGCAGGAGAAGAUGGAAAUGUAGAGGGAUGGACAUCUUUCUGCAAUCAGCAGGCUUUGUUUUUUUACAAUUGGAGAAAUAACUUUCAGUAUACUUCAAGUUAUAGGAGAAGGGUGGAAACUUGGAAGCUCUCUCUUUCUCCCUCAAUUUCCUUCUCUGCUCUCUCUCUCUCUCUCUCUUGCACUCCCUCUCCCCUUCUCUGCUGUUAGAAUCCCAGUACCAUUCAGUCCAGAGGAGACACCAGCCAGACAUACAAUCUGAUUCUGAAGGAAAGAUGAGGCACCACUUGAUUCUUCACCUGUCAUGCGUGAGUCUGGUUAUGCUCUGGGGCCAUGGCUGUGCCAGGCAUGUGCCAAUGGUCUACAGCAUUUCCAUGGAUGGCAGUGGUGACGUAGGGGAGACGGAUCUUAUAUUCCCCGUUGAUAGCCCCCACCACCCUGUCUCCCCCACCGUCGAUGUGUCCCCCACCGUCGAUGUCAGCCCCGUUGAUGUCUCCCCUGUCUCCCCCACCACUACCCUAGCCCCCACCCUGGUCAGCACCAUCACCAACACCAUCACCACCACCAUGAUCCGCCUUAAGGACUUUAUGGUCACCCGGGUGGUGGACUUCCUCCAGGAUAAUAUGCUGAUCAUCAUCGUGGUCACCUCCCUCCUCAUUGUCAUGAUCUUCAUCAUCUGCUGUGCCGCUACCAUGAGCCAAAAGCGCAAGUUGGAGGCCUACAAACCUCCUGCCAACUCACCCAGCAAGUAUAUGGACCACACGGCAGAAGGAGUCAAAUCCUCCAGUGAGGUCCAGAGUAGGGUGUGCGGCGGGCCUGACUCAGCCAGGAGGGUCCAGAUCCAGGGAACCCCCAAGAAUCUACGCACCCCUUCUGUUGCGCUGGUGGGGGAAAAGGUGGGCAAGGAGCCCAAACCGAAGGAGGUCCAGAAAGUGAACGAUGUAGAGGAGAAGGAGACGCGGAGGGUGGAGCCUAAGCACAAAGGGCAGAAGGCUGAGGAGGUGCAGCAAUGUUCCAGCUCCAGCACCAGCCAGCCUAUGGUCUGCACCUGCCACCUGAGGAAGGCCAACCACUAAGUAUAGGUUGGGGCUCCAACCAUGUAAACUAGCAAAAAAAAGGAGACAGAAACCUUUUCUUGUGCGGAGGGAACUCCCUGGGUACGUCCGCUGCUGUGUGCCAAACUUGUAUGUGGAAUCUGACCUUGUGGAUACCUUUUAGCAUACAGAUACUGUACAAUUAGGUCUAAAGAGCAUACAAUCAGGCCUUAAAAACAUAAGGAAUUUCAGCCCUGACUGUCCUUUUUGAUAUAUCUGAUAAAUUAUUCCUCCUAUACUUACCUUGUUGUAGAAAAGUCAUUGUGAAAUAUGAGAUUUUGUUCAUCAAUUGAUAGCUUUCAAAGCGACAUGUCAAAACAUAUACCAAGACCGUGCUUAUAGGAUGUUUGCAUGUUAUUACUGUUGGGAAAUUGUGCUGCUCAGUUAAGCUUAACUAAAAAGAUGUAGAUCACACAGAAAAAAAGAAAGUUAUCUUCUGUGAACGAGAGAAAGCCAAGCGUAUUUCUGUUUGCUAACUCUAUGGCGAUAACCUGGCCAGUUGAUUUCAACACAGUAAAUGAUUGAUGUGAGAAAAUGUAUUUUCUUUUAGCAAUGGACUCCUUUUUUUCUCUUACUUCAUUAGAAAUGUUACAAUUAUAUACAUGUCACAUGGGUGCUUUGUGGAUUAAUAUUGAAGAGAAUUUGCUCAUGCUAUAUGGAUAGACGGUAGAGCUGCUUUUUUUGUAUUACAUUAUCUAUUUUUUUCCGAACAUCAAAAUAACUGUGAUUUGCAGGUGCGGGUAUGUGGUUACAAAGGUCAGUGCAAGUUUUUAUUAAAAAUGGACUUACAUUACUCAAGUAAAUUAAAAUCCCCAAAUUCUCCUGAGUCCCUUUAAGGAUUGUUUUACAGUGACCCUCAGUUCUGCUGUACAUUAUGGUAAUUUUGUUUGCGUAAUGGAUCUUAUUUAAUUUUUGUCCAGCUUCAAUAGAGAUUUUGUUGAUAUAUGUUUUUCUGGAAAUUGUAAGUGUAAAAGACAGGCAGUGAGUGUGAGAUUUCACCAUGUUCAUUAAGUGUUUCAAAAACAUACACAGAACAAAAAUCUAAACGCAACCUCUAAAGUGUUGGUCCCAUGUUUCAUGAGCUGAAAUAAAAAAAUCCCUGAAA